UUUUCAAAUAUUGUAGGAAAAAUAGUUUCUAAGAAUAAUACACAUGUUUUGAUAAUUUGUUAAUAUUAUUAAAAUACAGAAAAAACAAAUAUCAUAGAUUUGAGAUUAGUUCUGAGGACCUGAGGUCAAAUAUUACACUUCUGAUAGGUUAAAAUAUUAUUUUCAAUUUAAAAUUUUAGAACAAAAAAAUGCCGCCACAACCAAAACGAAAUCGUUGUGUUAUUUUGUAUGAUUUAAACUGUAAAAAUCAACGGCAACUGCGUCGGGCAUUAUUCAAAAUAUAUUCCCAUCAUUAUUUUGAUGAUAGUAAGGAUUUAGUUAAUUUGGUCCUUGUAAACUGCGAAAAAACAAAAAAUCGAAAAAAUCAAGAAUUUGGAAAAGAUUUCGAAAAUAUUUUCGAGGUCAACCGAGAAGAACGCUUAUAUGAUCCUACUUUUAUACAUGAUAAGAUAGAAGUAAAGCAUACAGAUGGUGCUCAUUGGAAGGAAGCAAUAAAUGUAGCAGUACAAAUUUUGAAAGAAGACAAUACUCCUAGAAUUAUAACUUAUCAAAUUCUGUUUUUAACAGAUUUGAUUAACUUGUCUUCAGUAAAAGGAAACAUUGAUAAUAUAGUACAGGAAUUAAAUGUUAAUAAUAUUUUUCUAUAUAUUGUUGGACCUGAAAUUGAAUCUUCUACAACUCUAACAUCUUUUGCUGACUCGAAACUGCUAUAUGCAGAUUUUUCUAUUGACAGCAAAAAUGAAGUAUUAAUUGAAGCAAGUAGGUUAGUUGAAAAGAGUAAAAAUGCAGUUAUAGCGAAUGUGGAAAUGGGAUUACAAUUCUUCUUCAACUACCAGAAUCCUAUUGGAAAACAACCAUGGACAGUACCACUAACAGUUGGAUCAAAAAUUGAAUAUAGUGUUGAAACUACAAAACUCAUGGAAACAAAUUUUGGAUAUCAAUUAGAAUGCGAAGACCAAAAACCGGACCCGUCAGUUUUCAUUAGUAUGGAGGAUUCAACAAGAAUUUAUGCUGAAGAAGAUAUAAGGAAGGGAAUAUUAAGACAUGCUAAAUUUGUUCCUCUAUCUAGUAAUGAUAUUUUCAAUGAGAAAGAGGAAAGGAUGUUCUCUCUUGUUUUCAUCACAAAAGUCGAACAUAUUCCUGAAUACAUGCUAACAGGUCCUGGUUGUUACACAGUAACUGCAUCAGAUAAGUCACCAACUGCCUCUUUUGAUGCUUUAGUUUUGAGAUUACAUGCUUUACAAAGUUGUUUGAUUGCAAAGAGAGUGUAUGCUGAAGGAAAUAGUCCUAUAUAUAUGGCAUUAUUGCCAUGUCCUUCAAAAAAAUGGCUAUUGGCUGUGGAGUUACCCUAUGGGUCAGAUGUUCCUUUUGAGUGGUUAGAGCAAAAACCACAGAAAGAUGAGAUAGAAGUUGCAGAACCAGUGUUGAAUUUUCUAGACAGCAUAACUGUAGGUUCCAAGAAUUUUUCCCUAAAAUGUCCAAUGACACCAAAUGUUGUUAGUUCAUCUGAAGGUGAAGCUCUAGUUAACUUGGCUACUGAGAAACUUCUUCAAGAACCUAAUAUGCGCUUGGAGGAGGUAGAUCAUGAUCCUUUUUCAACAAAUAUCAAUGCAGAUAUUGGAAAAUCGCUAAGGGAAAUGUGGCCUUCUCAAGUGUAUAAUGAAAAUGAAGAUGAAGAAGAUUUCAAAGAAGAAGAUGAUGAUGAAAGUGAUAAUGAAGAUGUAGAUUAUUUCUAACAAUAUACACACUUUGAUAAUUGUAAGAUAUAAUACAUAAGAAAAUAGAUAUUUUCAAUCUGA